CUUAUUAAAUAGGUUUGCAUGCAAUUAGGCUUUUCUGUCUCAACUAUCCAGUUGAUCACGCGAAGGUAGUGUUUGAGCGCUGUGAUGAGCAAUCGAGACCAUCAUGUUCCGUGCAUUUGAAAAGACCCAGAACGAGUUCAGACGCAGAGAUCGAUUUAUGCGCUUCAUCGUCGAGCAAAAUGCAGACAAAGUCAAGUGGUGUCUGGAGGAGCAGUCUGUUGACGUGAAUCAGUCGCACGGAGUGCUCAAUCCACUGCACUUGGCUGUGCUAACAGAGAAUCUACACAUUGUGCGGCUCCUGGUGAGCCACGGAGCAAAUGUGAAUUCAGUGGAUUCGUAUAACAUGGCUCCCCUGCAUUACGCGGCCAGAAGAAAUAAUGUUCAAGUGGCUUCUCUCCUACUGGGAAAUGGAGCUGACCCAAACGCAAGAGAUGCGCAAGGGAAGACGCCGCUACAUUUAGCCAUCAAAUCCCAGAAGCAAGACUUGGUGGAACUAUUGUUGGCGGAUUCGGAAAUUGAAAUAAACUCUCAAGACGCGUUCGGAGAAACGCCUCUGCAUAUGUCGAUGCGCAACCCUAACUACGCAAUCAUCAGACUCCUUAUCACUCACAAUGCAGACGCCAAUUUGAGAUCCAGUUCCGGUAGGAUUGCGCUCGAGGAUUUGGUUUUCAAAAUGAAAACUGAUUUGGACCUUGUAGUCAAACCUGGACACGAAAAACAGCUUGAAAGUUGCCUGAAGAUGUUGAUUAGGGUAUCCAGCCGAUACAACACGACGCAGAAUUAUUCAGACAUUCCGUUCGCUCUGGGCAUCAUUUUGAACACGGAUCUACAAGUAGAGCUUAGUAGGAAUUACCCUUGUGGACUGAAACUAGAAAGUUACGGUCGUGUUAGGAAAUGUUUUCGCAGUGGAUGUAGAUUAGAAGAAAGUUUUAAAAAACUGGCUGUGCCUGAAACUCUAAAACUGUUCUGCUUAUUAGAUGAUUUAUAAUUAAUUGGGUGCGAGAAUUGAACUAAAUAAUUUUAUUGUAUAGAUUAGUUAAAGUGAAUCAAAUUCAAGGUUUUUCUUUU